CAUCAGCCGCCGGAAUGAGCGAAGAAGAGUAGAGAACCAGAGAUAGAGAGAGAAUGGGAACCGCGUCGCUGAAGCGCUACUGCCUCCUCCUCCCCUCCGCCUCCUCCCCCUUCUCUACCGCGAGGACGAGAUCCCGACUCCCCUCGCCAUCUCUCCUUCCUUCUCUUCUCCUCCAAUCGAGGAAGACGCGGCCCUCGUCCUUCUCCCAAGCCCUCUGCUCCUCCUCCUCCUCCUCUUCCCCCUCCCCCCAUUCCCCACCCCCCUCCACUGAUGACGCCGCCGGAACGGGGCCGAUUCCUGCCAGAUCGAAGCCCUCCGCCGAGCUCUAUCUCUAUAACACCAUGACCAAACGGAAAGAACUCUUCCGGACGCGGGUCCCCGGGAAGGUGGGCAUGUACGUGUGCGGCGUCACUGCCUACGACCUCAGCCACAUCGGCCACGCUCGGGUCUACGUAACCUUCGACGUCCUCUACCGAUAUUUCCAGUAUUUGAAAUAUGAAGUCUGCUAUGUGCGGAACUUCACUGAUGUUGAUGACAAGAUAAUUAUUAGAGCAAAUGAACUUGGGGAAGAUCCUCUAACUCUGAGCAGCCGCUAUUGUGAUGAGUUCCUUACUGACAUGGCUUCUCUUCAAUGCUUGCCUCCAACUGUCCAACCACGUGUUUCUGAUCACAUGAACCAGAUUAUAGAUAUGAUUAAGAAGAUUAUUGAUAAUGGUUGUGCCUACAGAAUCGAUGGGGAUGUUUACUUUUCUGUUGACAAAUUCCCUACUUAUGGCCGAUUAUCUGGACGGAAACUAGAAGAUAAUCGAGCAGGAGAAAGGGUUGCUGUGGAUUCAAGGAAGAAAAAUCCUGCUGAUUUUGCUUUGUGGAAAUCUGCAAAGGCUGGGGAGCCAUAUUGGGAGAGCCCAUGGGGACCAGGAAGGCCAGGAUGGCACAUAGAAUGCAGUGCCAUGAGUGCAGCUUAUCUAGGACACUCAUUUGAUAUACAUGGUGGAGGGAUGGACCUUGUGUUCCCGCACCAUGAAAAUGAAAUUGCACAGAGUUGUGCUGCCUGUAGCAACAGUAGCAUAAGUUACUGGAUACAUAAUGGCUUUGUCACUGUGAAUGAAGAAAAAAUGUCAAAAUCACUUAAAAAUUUCUUCACUAUCCGUGAGGUCUUAGAGCUGUACCAUCCACUGGCAUUGAGGCUUUUCUUAAUUGGCACACAUUAUCGGUCUCCGAUCAAUUACUCAAGAGUGCAUAUUGAUGCUGCAUCUGAUCGUUUAUUUUACAUCUAUCAGACCUUAUGUGAUUGUGAAGAAAUUUUGAGCCAGCAUGGUGCAAGAAAUCUGAAGGAUUCUAUACCACCUGAUAUCCUGAACUGCAUCCAAAAGUUUCUUGCUGAUUUUGAGAACUCAAUUUCAGAUGAUCUGCUCACUCCUGUUGUAUUAGCUGGCCUCUCUGAACCUUUAAAAACCAUCAAUGAUCUUCUACAUACUCGUAAGGGAAAGAAACAGAACCUUAGAAUAGAGUCCAUUUUUGCUCUUGAAAAGGAAAUAAGGAAUGUUUUGAAUGUUCUAGGAUUGAUGCCUCCAAGUUAUCAUCAGGUAUUGCAGCAGUUGAGAGAGAAGGCUCUGCGGAGAGCUGGACUUACAGAAGAGGAAGUUCUGCAGAAAAUCGAAGAAAGGAGUUUGGCACGAAAAACUAAACAGUACGAGAGAUCUGAUCAGAUCAGAAAACAGUUAUCUGCUGUGGGAAUCGCCCUGAUGGAUGGCCCUGAUGGAACAUCUUGGAGGCCCAGUGUGCCUCUUGCUUUCCAAGAGCACGCCGUUUCAACUUGAUUUAUCAUUAAGUUUUCCAUCAUCGGACAUAACCACUUGGCCGCCUCAAUUCAAGUUCUUUUAACUGAGAUGAUGUUGUGGUCGAAAGGCUGACAGUUCCCAAGUCACUGCAACUGAGGUUCAGCAAAGUCGGAGCGAUAUGGUGCAGAGUCGAAGCUGACAAGCUCGCCAAAGCUACUGCCGGUUUGGACCAUAUAUCUUUGAUGGCUUGAUUCAUAUUUAACUGUCUCACUGUAUCUUUAUUUGUUAAGUGGAAAGAACUAGUUGACCUAUAGUUUAUUGGCUGCCUGUACUUGUUGAAGCAGCGCCUUUCUGGUGUUUGCUUUGUUGUAGGUGCGAAUUCUUAUCUAACUGCAACUCCAUAAUGCAAUCUAAAUGCUGCAAUAUGAGAUAUGACGAUAUCGACUGUGGAUCA